AUGCUGGAUAGUCUCCUCUCGUCUUCCAAACGUUCGUCCGUACUGUCUUCGGACGUCAUCACCGCUUUCGACUAUGUGAAGGCCGCCCUGGCCGACGCCACCCCCUUGACGCAUUUUUCUCCAGAUACUCCCAUCUCACUCAUGGUCGCCGCCUCCAGUAUUGCAGUGGGCGCGGUUCUCCAACAGUACCUCGCUGGACACCCAUCCCUUAGCUUUAUCUCCCAGGAAGUUAUCACCUGCCGAGACGCGCUAUGGGACAUUCGAACGAGAGCUCCUUGUCGUCUUCCUCGCCGUGACCCCCUCCCCCCCAACACUUCCUUCUGGGUAGGAAUUUCAUAGUGUUAACUGAUCGCGCAUCCCUUCCCCUAGCUCUCCACUCCGCUCCCGACAAGCUUAUCCCCGGAAAAUUCGUCAAAUGGACUACAUCUCGCAAUUUACUUCAGACAUCCGCCAAAUCGACAGGCCAGACAAUGAGGUGGCGGACGCACAAUCUAGGCCCUCCAUCGCACACCUCCAGCUAUCUACCGGGAUCGAUUUUGCUGAGAUGGAUGUCGAACAAUGCUGUUUUGGCCCUUCCUGUGACGAGGACGUCAGCGGACUCCAACUCCAGGACCUGCCACUGAAUACUAGAAACGAUGUCAUCCUCUGUGAUGUCCUCACCUCCUCCCACAGUGCUUUUGUGCCGCCAUCCCCCCCCCUGUACCCUCCCUGAGCAACCUUUCCCACCUUGUGAGCAACAGGACUACCUGCGGCCAGCCAUAAAUUUCAUUUCUUGAUUUCAUCCCUACUUAACACCCCCCCUGACUCUUAAUGAGAUGCCCCCUCUCAAACUCUGCAAAUGACUGCACUUUAUGCUGAUUGUAUAUAACUGCACUUAAAAUUUCAUGUGCACACUGAAAAGACCGCCUGCCGCACCCUUUGCAGUCCCGCAUUAUGAAAGUUUUCCGUGAACAAAUAUGUUACUGACAAAAUUUUAGUAAGAUGUGCAUUUAACAUUUAUAUUUUAUGCACCGUUUUCAAUAGGGUCAUCAAGGGCAUUGCCUAUUACCCUAAAAUACAAUACAAUACAAUACAAGCUACCGACGAGUUGGUUUCCAACCGUUUCGUCUGGCCUGGGAUGCACAAGAGCCUGAAAGCAUGUACACGGACCUGCGUCUGUUGUCAGCGGAGUAAGGCCCAAAUUCACAACAAUGCCCCAUGGGCACCUUCCACACUCCGGAUGCACGGUUAAGUCAUGUACAUCUGAAUAUCAUAGACCUCCUGCCUCUGUCCAAGAGCUAAUGAUAAUGAUAAUUUUUGUUCAAGACCCGGGGGUCCGUUCAUAGCAAGUAAGAUUAACUUUUACAUGAGUUUUAGAACAGAUAUAUACAAUUUAUACAAUACUUAAUUCGUAAUUAUUAAAUAAGUAGUAUGUUAAGAAUAAUGGUGGGCGAACAGCGGAAAACAACUCCCAACACAAAAACAAAAUGAGUAUGACUGGGUGAACACUCAAGGAGAAAAAUCUACCAUUCCUGAAUGUAUAAAAGCAGGCAUGACCGGCCUGUAUGUGGACUUGGGUAAAGGGCUCGAAACGGGCAUGGUCAAGGCAGAAUUCAUAUGCUAGAUGAGGUCAUUCAUGUCAAAGUGGCGAAUAGAAAACCAGUCUCGAGGCGAUAGGAACACAAAUGCGAUCGGUUACAGUCAGCUAAGUCCAUCCGAGGAGGGGGCAACGGAGACUAUACCUACCUCCUUACCUGUGCGGAUCGAUUCACCCGGUGGCCGGAAGCUAUCUCUCUGCCCGACGUCGCUGAUCCGACAAUCGCUAACGCUUUAGUCCGGUUCCGCCCAGACUAUCCGUCCCAGCGUCUUAUCCCGAGAAAGACUUUUAUGUAUGCUCUCAUGUCUCUCUCUCGGAUGUGAACCUGUCCGCCGGCCACUGGAACCACCAUACGAUGGUCCCUUCCGGUGUAUCUGUCGUGCGACAAAGGACUUCCGCAUACAAUGCGGAACUAAUAAGGAGAUCCUAUGCGUGGGCCAUCUCAGAGCUGCUGUUCCUGACAUUUUUCCGAAUGACCCCCGUAGUCACCAAACCCCUGCCUCACCUGUCGACCCUAUAUCCAUCCCUCCGUAUAUUCUUUCUUUCCCCAAGUCCGCUACUCCAAACUGCAAAUUCGUCAUCGGCUCCCAGUGUUCCAGACACAUCACACUCUUACUCUUCCCCUACACCCCCUGUUUAUAUUACCCCUAGUGGACGACGCGUACGUUUUCCUGAUCGUUUGACUACUCCAGUUUUCUAGGCGUGAACGAAUUCCUUUUGGGGGAUACUGCGUUUAUCCGCACCCUGGACUUCCAUCGCUUUGUCGUGCUGCCCUUCUGUCCGUCCCACGUCCCCUGUCAAUUCGCUGCUAGGGCCGUGCGUGGUUUGUCUCUAUCCUCAUGAGGGCUCGAAGUCAGUCGAAGCUGCCCUUUCUUUGAUCGGCUGUUUGGCGGCACCUGGGACAGGGUAAAGAACACACACACGCGCUGAGCGACAGUCAUCUCAACGACGGACACAGACAAGUUGUCUGGAGAGACAGCUUGUGGCGAAUGCUUGCAUAACUUUUUGUACGCUCUUACUCGUCAGUAGAGGUUGUCCACUCCAAUCCGUCUUCCCUGACUUCUGAUUUGAUAAUCUUUGUGUUGUCGACCAUACCACACCUCGACACCUCCACCCUCCGGCUAAAAUGAUGGUGGCGUGGAGCGUUUCCGAAGGAAGCGUUCGUGUCUAAAAGAAAUGAAUAGUCAAACGGUCAGGAACAUCCUGCGACAGAACAAAUUCACCCUCAGGGGCAAUGGUCCAGAUUAGACUAGUCUGCUUGGGUAUUUGGGGAUUGAGAACUGGUACUGGAUAUUAGUUGCGCGUGAUUUAGUUUACUCAGAUGGUAAUAAUAAUAAUAAUAAUAAUUUUUAUUCAAGAUCCAUGGGGGCCCUUUCGUAGUCACAAGCUCAUUUCAACUACCCAGCAUAUAUCAUUAACCAUUCGCAGUAGAGGAGGCUGACCAUCUGUCCGACUACAUAUGACUGACGAUCUUUGCACCAAGUUCAACGCCUCACUUCUGGACGACCCAUUUUCCAUAUGAAUGCAUCCCGUGUAAAAUUACUUUCCUUGGCCUCAUCUAACUUAUUUGCAGUCGGGUCGACUAUCGACGCAUGGCAUUCACGAACAUCACAGCGUCAUGGAGGCACAGACCAGAACUGUAUACAAGAUGCGACAAGAGGGGAAUGGCUAGCCCGUACAGUCACGCCUUUCUUACCAUUGCCAGUUCAUCUAGACGAAUACUACUUCUUAAACUUUCAAUACACCCAGCGCCCACACCAAAGCAGAACAAUCAUCGCAGUUGAAAUAAAAUUUUAAGCAGCGGACCAUUUCAAAAUACACUUUGCAUUACAUUCGGAAAGCUCCAGGCUCCGAAUGACUUACGGUGAGGAACUAAGUGUGUUAAUGGAAAUCUUACCUUCCUAGUUCGUGGACUGAGAUAUUUAUAAUAUAUCUGCAGAAAAUAUAUCCAUAUCGAAUAAGUAAUAUGAAAGUUUUGACCACCACAUUUUCCUGAUUCUUUAAACUGAAUCUGGUAAAUCUACUAGGGUAAAAAAGUAUAAGCGGCUUUAAGUAACUCCGCUGUCGUUUACUCUCUUCUUCCAAAGAACCUUGUUCCUAGUCGGAUUUCUUCGCCUGUGUUUUGGGUUUGAGAAAUUUUGCGACUCAAUGCUACAGCUCACAUUUUGCAUUUCAGUUCAGUGUAUAACAGAGGAGCAAACUUACUUUCCUGGAUUCUCUAUUCGCUACAUGCAAAUUAAAACAAUUAGCAACGAUGCAAGUAACUUCAGUGUCAAGUGGAAAGAAACGUAGUUUCACAGAAACUCGUGUGUCACUAGAAAGUUAGGAAGAAAGAACAACUUGCUGUUUCAGCAUGUCUAUCAGAGACUAAGACAUACCGAUCGCCUUGCGCAGGUUAUUCCAUACUCUCAUAAUACGGUCAGGAGAAAAAUAACUUCUCGCAUCCAAUCUUCCUUAGUGCACGCGUAGUUUAAAGGGAUAAACUCCAGGUUUGCUAAAUAGGAGAUUUUAAAAACCUAUAAUUCUGCCUACACAGUCAUUCACCCACACUUCCUCUGUAAUUCUCGCGUACUUUACCUUAUUCCUUUAAGCUCCUACCUUGAUUUUCUACAUUACCUAAGCUGUUAACUCCAAAUCAUUAUCAGCAAUAUCUCAUUCCUUAGAGAUGAUACGGGCAUUUCUGCUAGCAUUUCGGCUCUACAUUUCUUGUUUCAGCACAAGUAAAAUAGAUUGUCAACUCAACAAUUAUGCAUAUUUUAUUUAAAAGAUGUGAAAUGAUAAUGAGAUGGCUGAAAUGGUAAAGUUGUUUUUUUCCAUUCUGCACGAGAGAUUAUUAUAAUACGCUAAUUUACGCGCGGAAUUUCAGGACCGAAAUUUCGCAUCUCGGCUGGAUCUGUUGUCGCUGGUGUUGUCAGAUCCAACUACGAAACUAAUAAACUACGCUUAAAGUUUCACGGUGUACGCCGGUUUACAUUUCUGACUUCUAUGCAAGUUGUCUAUGCGUUUCUUAAUCGCCUAAUUUCUCCCACCCUUUUGUAAAGACAACACAUGAACUAGUUCAUGUAUUCAAGCUCGAAGCCAUACUUGCGCCCUUAUUUUGCUUUCUGUCUUUUCAAGGAAGAGUAUAUUCUCACAGUAGUAGUCACUAUCAUGCUCACUGCCACUGUUCAGUCACCUUCGUUAGCAUAUGUGUCAUUCGAAUGACACAUAUAUGCGCUUAGUAUGUAGGAUUUUACAGAUUCCUUUAUUGUGAUAUUGCCACCGUGUAAACGUCUCGAAUGAAAUGGCAUAACUGGCAGAUGCCACUGCAACUGCCCUAAAAACUACUUAUGCUUUUGUUUACAAGGCCUAAAUGCCUUGUAUACUAAUAGUAUACUAUUAAAUAGAUCUUUCUCCGUCAUGUUUUCUUGCUUCGUAAGUGAAAUCACCUUUAAGAAUGACACUUAAGAUGGCUGAUAAGGAAUCGACUUUAGACCAAAAUGUCCCUCACGAUCGGUACGGCUCUUUAACGGUUAUUACAUGUCCCCCCUAACCGCCUCCACGUAAACCGUUAAUAUCUCUUUGUCAGAGGCAUCUGCGGCGAAAAAACGCAUCUGUUUUGUUUUUUUUUCUAGCUGAUUUUCUCCGGCCGUCGUAAUUUUGAAAUGUAGCCUCUGAUUUUCUUCUUUUCAUAAAUGCAAAAAUGUCUGAUUUUGCUGACUUCAAGGCUUUUAGCUCUGAACUGCAUUUGACUUUUAGCAAGCAGUAAAAUGUACGUCAAUCAUCUCUUCUGUCCUUAUUUGCGUAGGUUCCGCACUAAAUGACUCGCCCGCUAUAUGUGAGCCCAUUUUCGCCCCACCGCAUCAUCCUAAACUGUCGUUAUCCCUUAUCUAAGACUUGUGAAACGUCUCUGAUUGCCAAUUCGGCUCCACAUAACACCUUUUUAGCUCAUUUGAAUAAUAACAGCCAGGGUGUUCAUUAACUCUAUCCUACGUCAAGUCGUCUUUUGAUAAAAGGUCCACCCAAUGUUCGCUCUUCCGUGUGUGGAAACCUCGCUAUAUUUGUUCGCAGCGGCCAGCUCUCCUCAUGUGUUUUUUACAUUUUCUCCCUAAAUUAAUCAAGGACAGCUCAGCUUAUUUGAUGCGUAGGUGCCCGAAAGUCGUUUUUAUUUAAGUUGUGGGAGCCAUUGACAUUACCUCGGAAUCAUCCUACCACAUCCUGGGUAAAGUUAUGUGAUCACUUAACUGUUGCUGAGGUCCAUCAUCCAUUUUCCUAGAAACGUUUAUGAGCGUUCGAGCUGCCGACCGAAUAGUGUUCACGAUCUCCGUUUGAGUGCAUGGAGGUCCCGAAUUAAAAUGUGACUCUUGUCACAUCCGACCGAAGGUAGCGUGAUAUAGGUGAAAACAGAUUUGUAACAAGUGGCCUCCGCCACUGACUCCUAAUUAACCAAAUUGAAUCUAGGCAGAAUGAUAUUACCGACAAAGACAAGGUAGACUGGAAUGGCCAUUUCUGGCUUAUUAGCCGUCGUCAGCCAGCCAUACCCAAGCCCGAAGUGUGGAACACCCGAGCCUCGAACUCGCGACCUGUUGGUUUAGAAGUCCACGCCUCUACCCACCGGGUCACGAGCCCGUUGCCCUGUAAAAUACAGCGUUUAGAUGCAGUCAGUGAUGGUUUUAUCUGUCCCUCUGUGUUCUUCGGAGUUUGCCGAAGUGCCGCGACAUAUUUUUCCCUGCUGUCUCUUGUUAACUUACAUUUGAAUUUUAACAGUUAUUUUGAUUGGUAGACUUUCAUGGUUUUCCGCACCUUCCCUGUGUCAAUCUCGAGAUGCCUUCUCCCCAUACCGCAAAUACUUGUCCCACUGAAAUAACCAGUUCUUAAGAGUCUAUUUAUUGUUACAGGCCUCUUAG